AGGUCAGCAUAUUUAUGACGUAAUAACUAAGCUACGGUGUUGUUGGGCAAAGCCAUUGACAAGUCGUCACGAUGUCCAGCACUGUUGAUGAGGUGGCCGAGCUAAAGAAAAGCGGCUAUGCCCUCGGCGCCAUGCUAGGAGAGGGUUCCUACGCCAAAGUCAAGAGCGCAUAUUCUUCAAAAAUGAAUGCCAGGGUUGCAGUGAAAAUCAUCAACAGGAAAAAAGCGCCUAAAGAUUUCCGUGAAAAGUUCCUUCCACGAGAAUUAGACAUCAUAAAAAUGGUCGAUCAUCCAAAUGUCGUGAAAUUGUAUGAAAUUAUAGAAUUCAACGGAAAGGUGUUUAUGGUCAUGGAAUAUGCAGGUCAUGGAGAUCUUUUGGAAUAUAUCAAACUCCGUGGCGCAUUACAGGAAGAUCGUGCGCAGAGCAUGUUCAAGCAAAUUGUCUACGCCAUAGGUUACCUUCACGAGAGGAAAAUAGUUCACAGAGAUAUGAAAUGUGAAAACCUUCUGCUUGAUUGCAUGAACAACAUCAAACUAUCCGAUUUUGGAUUUGCUCGUUACUACGAGCCUAGUGACGUCAGUAAGACAUUUUGCGGAAGUGCAGCAUACGCAGCUCCGGAAGUGCUUCAAGGAAUUCCAUAUCACCUACCAUCACAUGACGUCUGGAGUAUGGGUGUUAUUUUAUAUAUCAUGGUGUGCGCGUCCAUGCCCUACGACGACUCGAAUAUCAAAAAAAUGGUGAGUCAACAACUGGAGAAGAAAAUAGGGUUCUCCAGACACAAGAAGUUGUCUGUAGAUGUGAAGGACCUAAUCAUAAGACUUAUGGAGGUUAACGUCAAGAAGAGGCCGAAUGUCGUUACGAUCAAAGACCACCCAUUCGUACUGAGUGCUGCAGCUAAUGGCGAGUGUGACAAAAACCAGCAGGCGAUUAAUGGUUGUUAUAGACAGGAGGGAUAACUCCCAAGGCUCGGCACUCAAGUUAGAACUGCUAACAAGCUAGUCAUUGUAAAAUUGGUUAUGUUUUCAAAAUGAAUAGCCAUGUAUUUAUUGUUAAAUUGGUUUAGUAGUCGAUAAUAUUCAACAUAUACAUACUAAAUACAUAUUAAAAUGAUAUGUUAUGUCA